UCUAUCGUUAUUUGCCGGUUGCAUUUAUGCACCGGUCCAAUUUUUGUCACACAAUCAGUCACCUUGAUAGCCAAACCUGUUGAAAUGGGCUCAGAGCCAUCGGAUAAUGGUGAUGGAACUUCAUUCUGUUUCAAGACUUUGACAACAUGGGAUAUCGCGGUUCCAACUUGGCGGUUUGUUUCAUCCUCUUCAUUGCCCUUCCUCUUCUGUCUAUUUUGAUUGAGGCCCGAAAAAGCAAGCUUAUUCAAUCGAAUAAGGCUGUAUCUGACCGCACCGGGAAGCUCUUCAGCUUGUUCAACGUGGUCAAGUUUGAGAAUGAAGCAUGCGUUACCCAAAGUGACCAAACCAUGAGAGGAACUUGUUUCAGUCAAGCCACAUGUCAAGAAAAAGGCGGAAGAGCAGAUGGGAAUUGCGCCUCAGGUUUUGGGGUCUGUUGCAUGUUUGCAAUCCGAACUUGUGGAGGAACCGUUGUGCAGAAUUGCACAUACAUUCAGAAUACUGGUUUUCCUGCAGCAAGCAACACAGUUAGUCAAACAUGUAACUACAUGUUUGACCGGAUCGACGCAAAUAUCUGCCAAGUAAGAUUGGACUUUGACACAACCGUGUUGCGAACGGAUCCCGGCUUGGCAGGCAUGUGCGGAGGAGCAGGAGAUUCUCUUCAAGUUGGGAGCCCCUUCUCCCCAUCACGUUUUGCUUUUCCACCCACUGUUUGUGGGACGUUGACUGGUCAACAUAUGUAUAUUGAAAGCGCUCGGACGGGAAACACGGCGGGUUCUUUAGCCAUCCAAACUGGAACGGCCCUUGGGGAUCGACGAUACAAAAUCAAAGUCACAUAUGUGGAUUGUCAAAGCCGACUAAGGGCCCCGUCGGGUUGUGCUCAAUUCUUUACUGGCGUGUCAGGCACAAUUACGAGCUACAACUUCCAAGGCGGCGAAUUUCUCCGAAAUCAAGAUUAUACCCAUUGCAUCCGUCAAGAGGAAGGUUUCUGCCAAUUUCAGUUGUAUGAGACACCCGGUGUGCCUGAUGCCUUUUCGGUGUCAGAAAAUGGGAAUGGUCAAGCCCAGGUACAAAUAUGCAAGAAUCGAAAUUUUGUGACUGUGCCAAGUAUGGCCAUAAAUCCGAAUGGAAUAAGAGGCUUCUCUGAUUAUCGUUGUGGAAUGACUUUCAGUAGUCAAAGUGGUGAUACAACGCCAGGAGCACUUUUGUCUACCCGAGUCACUCCAUUUCGAGUUCAAGUGCAUACAUUGAAGGCCGACGACGGCAACCAAGUAACAUUUGCUAAUCUAAAGGGAUUCUCCUUAGAUUACAACCAAAUCCCUUGUUAAUAGUGACAAUGAAAUCCACGAUUAAUUAGCCACAUCAUUCACAUUUUCUCUUGACCACGUUGCUUUGUGAUAAUGUUUGCUAAGACUAGGCUAAAGAAAAUCCGCUCCAUCAAUCGCUGGAAAGGUUAUAUUAGCCAAGGAGUCACUGAGCUUGUUAUCGUACAUGGUAUUAGUAGUUCAAUAAAUAUGGUUUGUCUCGUCCCCUGA